AUGGCCGCCACAAACACCCUCCUGAUCGAGGGAUCGUUCGACGAGCUCGCAGACGAACUCGCACGCUACAUCGACUCGAUCCGCAAGUCCGUCUCUGCUGCUUCGGCGACUCCAGAUGCCGAGGUGCCGUCUGUCCAUGCGGAGGUUGCGCCGCUGCUGGAGAAGUUGAGAGAAAAGGAACAGAGCGAGGAGGAGUUGACGGAGGCACAGGGCACACAGGUCGAGAAGGAGAGAGACGAGGUGCUCAAGAAGUUGGUGCUUGCGGCUCCAGUGCUGAAUGCCGCUCCCGAGAAGGAAAUUACGGCGGCAUACAACUUGCUCGUCUACCUGAUCCGCCAAUCGUCAAAUGCCGGCAUGUUCUUGCCUAGAAUCUGCUCAUUCCUGGCUAAGCCAAUGCCAGCGUCGCCGCAGCAUGGCCCUUCUAUCGCCCUGUCAAUCCUGGCAACCGUCUUCAACACCAUGAGCGCCGAGGACUCCAACAGAUUCCAUGUCUUCCUCGCCAUCAUGUCCGUUAUCCGAAGCACCUCCUCCAGUCUCGCAUUCGAGGCCCUCAAGACUCAGCUCGCAAAUCAACUGUCCGGCUGGAUCGAGUCGUGGGACCUGGACGAUGACGAUACCCAGAAACUGCACAUGGCCAUCUCCGACGCCGCCAGAGCCUCCGGCGACGCUGAGCUUUCCUACCACCACCUCAUCCUGGCCCUACAUGCCAUCCCGCCUUCUGAAGCCUCGUCUAACGAGGCCCGUGAACUGGCCGUCCGUGGUCUCGCUACCGCCCUCUCCCUCCCAUUCGUCUUCGACUUCACCCCUCUAACAGCCAGCGAUGCCGUCCAGAACGUGCGAUCCACUGAUGGUCCCCUCUUCGAACUCCUCGAGGUCUUUAGCACCGACAACCUCGACGCAUACGAGGAAUUCGUCAAGUCUACCCCCAUCUCCUCCAUCCCCAGCCUGGCAUCCAUCAAGACCAUCGCACCCUCCACUUCCUCUGCUUCCCCCGCUUCCACUGAACCACCAUCCAUAGAGUCCAUCCUACAGACCAAAAUGCGUCUUCUCACGCUCACCAGUCUUGCGGCAAAGUCUCCCACCCGCUCUCUUCCCUAUGACGACAUCGCUUCUGCCCUACGGAUUGACCGCGCCGACGUCGAGAAAUGGGUCAUCGAUACCAUCCGCGCCGGCCUAGUGGAGGGAAAACUCUCCCAGCUAAAGGGUGAGUUCCUCGUUCACCGCGCCACCUACCGUGUUUUCGGAGAGAAGCAAUGGCGUGAAGUCCAGGGCCGUCUGAUGGUCUGGAGACAGAGCCUCGAAAAUGUACUCGAGGUCGUCCGCUCCGAGAAGGAGAAGUUUAUCAAGGAAGCCGCAUCCGCUUCUAGUGCGCCAGCCCAAGCGUCUGGAGAUGGCGACCGGUUCUCAUUCGGUGGUAGAGGCGGCGGCGAGCGAAGGAGAGGAGGUCACCAGUCACAUCAGCAGCAUCAACCCAGAGACAUGGAGUUGGUUGCCGGUGGUGAUUAG